AUGGCCCCUCAACGCUACGAAGCACUAAAUUCGCACGACGAAGAGAUCGAUUCUCCUGUCUCUCCAGAUACUCCUCGACCCAUUCCGUCCUCUCCUCCGCCAUCAUUCAGGUCUAGAGCCUCCUCACCCACAUCCAGGCGCCUAUUGGCCCAGGAUCCGUUAUCUACCCAGGCCGACCAAGAUCAUCUGGAAGACACUUUUGACGAUGGCGAAGGUUCUGAUGCUGAGAAUGACGGCGACGACAGGCAACGAUUGAUGAGAGCCGACACUGGGCUCUCGAGACAAGAUGGUUCUCCCUCGUCAACCUCAGUUCCCGAUACCCGACCGGCGCCUACUAUUGAACGAAGAGUGACGGAACUCCCCGUUUUCAGACCUAUGCCCGCGUCCAUGAGAGCCACGGAUGGCGUGUUCGCAAAUUUAUCCGCAAAGCCUGAACGUGGUGACCAGGUCGAAGAAAAGCCUCCAACGUAUGAACAAGCCGCUGCUGACGCGACGCCGCCUUACUGGGAGACUACUAUUCUUGCACCUGGAAUGUCCUCAGACGAAGUCUAUGUCGAUGGUCUGCCCGUUGGGUCCGUUUUCUCAUUCGUGUGGAAUGGCAUGAUCUCUAUGUCCUUUCAGCUCGUCGGCUUCCUGCUCACAUAUCUUCUUCACACCACCCAUGCCGCCAAACACGGGAGUCGCGCCGGCCUAGGGCUGACGCUUGUACAAUACGGUUUCUAUAUGAGCGGUUCUAGCGAUGGCCCAUCUGACACUGGGAAUCCGGGACAGUUCUCAAACUCCAGCCCGCCCGACCCGAACAGUCACAGUUUUGAUCCCAACGCCGUGAAUGGGGGCGGAGAUCAGUCAUCCGGAGGAAGUAGUGGGAUGGGCGGUUUCACCAGCGCAGAUUGGAUUUCCUACAUUCUCAUGAUUAUCGGUUGGUUUAUUUUGAUCCGUGCUGUAUCAGACUUUUUGCGGGCAAGAAGGCACGAAGCCCUCGUUUUGCAGAGUCCCAGUCGAGGAUUGCCCGUUCCAGUCGUCGCGGAGGGUGAAACUCCUGAGCAGACCGCCUGA